CAGGUUGCAAACCGCCGUAACUGGACAAAGAAGAAUUGAACCCGCACACAAGCGACCCGCUGUUAAACUUUUAGCACAACAACUGAGGAAACACGCUUGGGCACUCAUUUUGUCCAUUUCCCAAGCGGCGAGGGUCGCGGGAAAUCUGGAGCUUAUAGACAAGCAAUUAUAAGCACAGACUCCUCCGCGCCUCACCAGUGAGCAACUACGCGUUUUUAGGUUAGCAUGCCAGAGCAAGACGAAAUCGGACGACGAUCGGAAACAGAGGCCAUCGUCAAUCGCUGGCUCGUCGAUUAUUACAUCUGGUUGGCGUUCGAGUUUUUUGAUAAAGACCAAUACCAAGAAUUCCGUACUGUGAGAAAGGUUAUCGACAGCAUCAUUGUACGUCUCAUCGCAAAGAAUAAUGUGAUGGUGAGAAAGCUUCGGGUAAUACAGUUGCUGGCCAUGGUGAACGAGGGUGAACACCUUGAUGUGACAUUUACGAAAGGCAAUGACUUCAUGUCCCCCUUGGAAUCAGCCCUUGUGGAGCUGGAACAUUUGAGUAAUGAAAUUGACGUUCAACAAGAGGACGUAAAAAAUGUUUGCGCCUCAGUGAAGGAGAUGAUUGUGAAGCUUUUUAUAAAGAACAAAGAUUUUAUGAAAGCUAAACAGGCGCUCUGCCAUUUCCCCAAAUCAAUGGUUCUCAAGAAGAAAAUGUUCAUGCAUCUCAUCAAUAAGAAGAGCAACAAUCAUAAAGUCAUUGAGGAACUUGACUUCAAACAGUUAAAGGAUGAGAUCUCAGCUUUUUGCCUAAAAAUCUGCACAUUCUCUGUUCCCCUUCUUCACAGGACUGCAAGGGAGGUCAUGGAUAGACACAACCAAAACCACAAGAGGACAACAACUGAGGUUUCAGAUGAGUAUACCCCCUCCAUGCGGACUAGUACACCAGUAAACAUCCAUAUGCGGAUAUGUGAGCAUUCAAUUAUACCAAAGGGAAGACUGAAAUUAGCCUACCAGGCUUUGGCUGCAGGUGUGUUCAUACCAUUUUCUCAACUGGAAGAAGAAGUUGAAAACGAAGCAACUCUCCCCAUCCCAGCUCCAGAAAUAGAUUGCACAACUCAAUACUUAGAGAGCGAAGAACCUUUCCAAAGAGACACUGGUAGGCCUCUUGAAGCUGGCCCUCCCUCUCAAACAGAUGCCCCUCCUCAAUCCAAGACCGGUUCACCGUGUAUCUCCACCAAGAAAAAGAUGGACACUGCGUUGAAAUGGCAACAUCAGAAAAUAGCGAUGAUGGUGGUGCAACCGGACAGUCAACCAAUCUUGUUGCAAGCUACCUCUCGGGAACAGGAGGUUCCAGUGAGCGUACAAGAGCUGGCCGAGUCCCAAACUGUAGUCUAUCAAAUGUCUGAAACUGACACAGAGGUUGUCCCGCUCACGAGACCUGAAUCACCCACACCUACAACGAGCAGAUCUCCCAGUGAUGACGAGCCACCUCGUCAAAGUGAGGAACAACCCUCCAUCGUGCCCGUCUCUCGAAGAACAUGUAACCGAACUUUGACAAAUGGAACGAGCACCAGAUCAGAAGUGUUAUCGGUCACUGCGGAUGUGCCGGAAACCCCUGUGAAAAAACGGAGCAUUUAUGCUCCGAGCAAGUUUAUGGGAAAUUCAAAUUUCACCAUCACAGAUUCCUCACUGGACAGUUCGCCUUCGAUUCAUCGAGGCCACCUCCCUCAAAAAUGUUCCACUCCUAACAAGGAUGCCACGUCCUCAAAAUGGAAGACAUUGUUCUUAAACGCAAAGGAGACCAAGGACACAUGGAAUCAAGAAGAGGAGCUUUUCACUGUGUCAAUUGACAAGAGCUCAUCGUCAAGGAAGAGGAAGUGGACGGAAGAAGAAAGCCAGAAGCUGAGAGAUGGAGUAAAAAAAUUUGGAGAAGGCAACUGGAGCAAGAUCAAAGCGUAUUACAAAUUUCAUGAAAGGACAAAUGUCCAUCUAAAAGACAGGUGGAGGACAAUGAAAAAGUUAAAUUUAAUUUGACUUUUUUUGAAAGGGACCUGUUUUUUUUCUCUUCUUUUCACUAAUUUUGUAUAUGUUGAAUAAAUGUUCACGAUUGCCUCUG